AUGUACUUCUGGGGUCCACUUGCCAACUGGGGUCCCCCCAUUGCUGCCAUCAACGACAUGAAGAAGUCUCCAGAGAUCAUCGGGCAGGUGACAUUCGCCCUCUGUUGCUAUUCUUUGACAUUCAUGAGCUUUGCUUACAAAGUGCAGGCUCGAAACUGGCUUCUGUUUGCGUGUCACGUGACAAAUGAGGUGGCCCAGCUCAUUCAGGGAGGACGACUUAACAAGGAACUAGCGGGAGGCUGCAGAGCUGUGGCGAGAACCCACCCAUCAAAGGACCAGCACCCCACCAGCAUAUGGUCUUGCUGA